AUGGCAAAUGAUGCCAUGGAGCUUGUGGAGGCGUUGCAUCUGAGCACCAAGCCCAACGUGCUCAGCUUCUCUUUGGGUUCCUGUGUGGCGCUGGCGGUUGCUGUGCUGCAUGGUCCAUCCUUUGCCAGCUUCGUCAUAGCCUCGGGGAGCGCAGGCAGCCCCAACUCCCCACCUGCCACGGCUUGGGCGCAGUCUGUGCUCCUGGACCCAGAGGCACGGCCGCUCGAGCAGCUGGCCAUCGUGUAUCCGCUGCAGUACCAGUCUGCCGCUCAGGCUGCAUGCGACUGGUACCUGAACGCAGAUCCCCUGGCCCCAGACCCCUACAACUUCACCACUGCAUCUCGCCAAGCAUUUGCAUUGGUUGAAUUUUUCCUGUCGGAGACCAGGGUAUGGGACGGCCUCCCAGGCGUGAAGAACAGCCUCCUGCUGAUGGGAGGCGAGGAGGAUGUCGUCAUGCCCGUCGACUCCCAGAAGCUCGUCGCAGCAAGGGCUGCGAGAGCCUGGUCCAUCGUUUUCAAGGAGGCGGGGCACACAGCGGUCCUCCAGUUCCCAGAGGUGGCCUUUGCCAUCAUGGAACAAUUUCUCACUUUUGAGAGCAGUCUUGGCUAG